UUCUCUCCAUGUACUUCAGUGCGAAGCUUGAUGACGGAAAGGAAGGUCGUCAGAGAACGCCUGGAAACUAUGCAUGCAAUCAUGACGGAAUACUUUAUUUUCUGCCAACAAAAGGGGGUACAGGUACAAACGCAAACCAUUGAAAUGAACUCUAUUAGGGAGGGAAUCCUAAAACUCAUCUCUAAAUAUGGGAUCAGGAAGCUUGUCAUAGGAUCAACAUCGGCCAAUCACUAUAAAAGAAAAGUGGAAGUGGGGUCUAAGAAAGCGAAGUAUGUGUGUAAAACUGCACCUCUCUCGUGUCAAGUACAAGUCAUUUGCAAGGGCCACCUCAUAUUUACCAGGGAAGCAAGUGCAGCAGACACUGAAACUGGACAAUCAAACCUAAAUAGAUCACGGUCUGGUCCUUCGGGGUACAACAACAGGGUCGGCAGUCCCGUAAUUGAAUGCUCAGACUUCCCCAAAUUACGGUCUGUUACGGUUGGGCGCAAUAGGAGCUCUACUCUGGCUGCUCUAAUUGCUCCUUUCCCGGAACGUUCUAAAGAGCUUUCAUCUCCAACUAGUCCUGGGGAUUCUAGUUACUCAGCAAGCUCUCCCACAAGACCGGUUGAAAUAACUCUAAAUGGAUGGAAUGAUAGAAAUGGCAAAGCAUUGCAGUACAGCUGCUCACUCUCUCCGCCAGCGGCUUUGGAUUAUUCAAGAAGCACCUCUACUCUGGAUCUCGCUCCUUCAGUUGUGCAACAAAGUCCGAGGUUGAUUCCCAGUUCAAGUAACAGAUCACCUUCUUCUAUUGGAGCUCACAAUGUUGUGGUAUGUGCAAAGCGUUGA